CACCUAGCAGUGUUGGUGCUUGGGCACCAUGAGCGAUUUCAAGAGUAACCGAGAACUGUACCUGCAGUAUGCCGCCAUGGCCCCCAAGCUGCUGGCCCACAUCUCCAAACUUUUCACAUACUUCAGGAAGAAAGGAAUUGCUGUACCGAAGGGCAUCAGAAACUUUUUUCAGAUCACUUGGGAUGAGCUCAUCAGCACCCUUGAAGUACCUACACCAUCAAAAAUCCCAGGCCUGGAAAUCAGCUUUGGAUCCCCCACUGUGACACUGACAGAACCAGUCUCUUUGCAGGUUCCCACACAGAAGAAGCUGCCAAUGCAAGCACUGCCACUGAUACUACCAGUGGUUACCAGGACAACCAAACCCUCCCUCUCCCCUGGGCCACCCUGUCCCAUGUCCUCCAUCCAGGAGACUCUGGACAAGUUUCAGCGACAGUCCAUCCACUUACUAACAGAGCUCCUCACUCUGAAGAUGAAGGUUAUGGUGGAGUCUGCAUCUGUUGGUGCCAACCCCCAGGAUAUCUCCAGGCGCUUUGUGGAAGCCAGUCAGCUGCUGCAUCUCAAUGCCAAGGAGAUGGCCUUUAACUUCCUGAUUGGCACAGUCGGAAGAAGUGGCUACAAUGAAGGACAGACAGGGAAAGAGUCCCCUGUGAAUUACUCUGCCUUGGGUGUGAACUCGCCCUACCAGCUGACUUACCAGCCUUCCACAGCCUGUCUGAGCUUUUCCCUCUCAACUGGGAGGGAUAUCAAGAAGAAAAUAGGCAAAUCCAAAGCUAUACAAGAUGUCUUCUCACCACUUCCUCAAGUAGUACUAGUGUCUCCUGAUAACAUCGAGUUCAGGGAUCCGUGCCCUGAGGCCUGGGAGAAGCUGAAGAAGUUGUGUUGCCACAUAGAAGCUGAGCGAGCCGCCUGGAAAGGGAAGGACAUCUCCUAUCCGAUGAUUGUCCGCAACUAUGGGACAAAGGCGCACCUUGAGUCUGCAUCAACCCACAAAAUGGAGCUGCAGACCCUAACUUCCUAUCCCUCUCGCACAACGAGUGCUCACAACUCCAAUCCUGGUCUUCGUCAUUCUUCAACACAACAUUCUCACUGCAAACAUCCUCAAAAGCAGAAGGUGCCCAAGAAACCCGUUAAGUUGCAUUACACCUUCUUCGACGGCUCCUCCUUCGUGUAUUACCCUUCUGGAAACAUUGCCGCAUGUCAGAUCCCCACAUGCUGCAGAGAGCGAACCAUCACCUACCUCUACAAUGACCUACCUCGUUCCCUCCUGGCCCUGUUCAUUGCAGAUAGCCAGGGUUACGUUCACUACAACGUAAAGACCUGCUGCCCAUAUAUCUUGGUUUUGGAUGAGAACGGUGGGAGCACCACUGACCACAAAGGCUACCUAGUUCAUAAGUGGAGUUGGACUUCUGAAACGGAGACUUUACUCUCACUGGAAUAUAUGGUGAAUAAGCAAAUGAAGCUAACAAUCCUGGGAAAGGAAUGUAUCACAGUCACCUUCACCUCUCAGAAUGAGACAGUAACACUGAGUGUAUCAGCCAAAAAAUGUCCCCACAAGACAUUGCACAAUAAACGGCUAACACACAGAAUCAAUGUGAUGGAUGACAAGCUAUCUAUGAUGAGCCGAGCCUUGAAUGAGCUCAGGAAGCGUUUUCAGAAGACCAUGAGUUUGUUUACGAAUUCUAUCUUGAUGGCAGCAGGUCUGCUCACCAUAGACUAUCCCCUCAUAAAAAAAGAGGCAGAAUUUGAUCAAUUUGGGUUGAAAUCUGGAUCUUUUCUCAAGCAGGAUACCAAACUAGCUUUUUUCAUAGAAAAACCUGUUUCACCACCUCAGUCAGCUCAGCAGGAAUAUUCACUGGAAGAACCUUCAAAGGAGAAGCCUGAGCAUGUUCCUGUGAGCUCUGCUAGAAAGAAAACCAUCAAAAUUGCAACCAAAGCCGUGGGCACAGCCAGAGGGAAGACCAAGGAGGUACGCAGCUCCACCAGGUGGGUGGCCUCGCCCUCAGACUGCCCACUGAUGCUGCGGAAGCUCAUGCGCAAAGAAGAUGCCCGAGCCGGCUGCAGGUGCAUAGCCAAGGUGCCCCUGGUGUCUGACUUGGAGCUGGAGCGAUUCCUGUCUCUGCCCCGAGACCCCAACCAGGUUCUUGUGAUUGGGAUACUCUCAAGCCAGAACCCCAGCAGCACAGCCCAGCUCAAGUGGCUUCUGGACACGCUCUAUAGACACCAGCAGCGGGGCCGUGGCUCACCCUGUCUCCAGUGCUGGCAUGACCCCUACCGCCUACUGCAGUAUGACCUGGACAGCCCCCUGCAGAAGACCCCUCCCCUGUUGGUGAAGAAGCAUGCUGUGGUGCAGGGCAUGGUCUUGAUGUUUUCUGAGGGGAAACUCCUCUUCGGGGGCCGCGUGUUCAAUGGAUAUGGCCUGAACAAGCAGAAUCUGCUCAAACAGAUCUCCCGCACACAGCAGGACUGCAAGAUGGGCUACUUCCUCCCAGACAACUACAAGUUCAAUUCAUCAACCACUAUCCUGAGCCUGGAGAGUUCUGGAUCAACUAGGAGAGCCUUGUCGGAUGAUUUUGAAGGAAGCUUCUCCUCAUUGGUCACAGGAGAGGAGGAGGUAGAGAAGGAAUCUGCUGCUGAAGUGGCCAAGAAGAUGAAACAGCUUGAUAUGGCGUUACGUCCUAUCAGCAAACUCAGAAGGGGCAGUAAGAAGUAAGACGUGAAAGAAACAGGCCUGCAAGAAAUGAUGCCAAUGCUGGUGACCACCAAUGCCCUUCCCCACACCUAGCCAAUUCCUGGCUCCUCAGUGUCCAGUCCUCCCCCUUAAGCCUCGAUUCUCAGUGUAAUAAACCAGCAAGCU